AUGUCGGAUAGUACACCCAGCUCACCUAUACCUAGUAUCAAUCCACCUACAGAUGAAAAUACCAGGCUUUUAAGUACUGCCACUACGAGUUAUAGUGCAUCAAAUGGCCGAGAAAAUCCUACUGUGAUCACCAUGAGCGCAGAAGAAAACGGAAAAGGCUCUAAACCCAAUGGCAUCAAUCAAGCCAUGACAAAACAACGCUUUCGGCAAAUCAUUUCAGAAGGACAACCUACUGUCCCUACUAGCGAAUUGACAGAAAAGAUUCAAGACAUUCUUGUAUUUAGUGAAAUAAAAAAGAAGCAAGAACGACAAGUCUUAAAGCAAAAGAAGCAAAAAGAAGCAGCUGUGCCUAAUGACUCAAGCAGCAGUAGCAGUAGUAGCAGCAGCAGCAGCAGCAGCGAUAGCGACAAUGACAAUGAUAGUCCAAAGCACUUGCUAAAGAAGAAAUUGAGUGAAUGGUCCAUCAUGUCUUCUCAUGAAGAUGAAAACGCUUCCAAGAAGCAUAUAAGAAAACGUGAUUUGGCUGUGGAUGCUCUUAGAUUAGCUACGGAUCGAUGGAAAGAAAAACAUGGAUGGUCCACUAGUCAUGAUACUACAAGCAUAUUCAAUUCCGAGCAUACUACUCCACACGUCAUAACAAACACAAACAGCGGCACAACCGUCGUCAAGAAGCAAGAAAAUGAUUUCUUAAGAACUAAGGGAAUCCCUUCCAACGCGGAAAGUAUUUUCAAGGUUGCUAAAAACGCUUCCGUUUGCGCCAUUUUGGCAUUGUUGCACGAACGGAAGUUAUCCGGUUCUUUUACUGAAGCCGAUGUUUCGCUUCAAGCAUUGGCUUUAUCUACAUUAAGUUUGGGUUUGAAGGCUCAAGAAAAAUCUGCUUCACAUGUUGUUUUAUAUGAAAUGUUGACAACGAAAUGGGUGAAUGAAAAAUCAGCUCUGGAUUGGGCUGUUGAAAAUGAUAGCCAAAUAAUAUUAAAUGACGCUCGAGUUCAACUUGUGGUUGAGGAUCUUUGGAAGUCUGGUCCUAAUUGGCAUCAUGACCCGACUCAUCCUAGCAACAUUUGGAUUGGAAAGACUGAAAACGAGCAAGAUCAGCCAAAAAACUUUGUUUGGUAUGUUAUUUGGCAUACAUUUACAGACUUUUUGGCUCGCUGGUGUAUCGCUCGUUAUCAGCUUUUGGUUGGCAUCUUUACUGCUCUAGUGUACCUUGGUCUUCAUUUGGCUACUGUCAACAAUGAAGACUAUACUUCCGAUACUCCAUUUGCAUUUGAAUACGUCUAUUACUUCUUUCUCAUUUCAGACUUAUUCUUGGAAUUCUACAAGUUGUUGGUGUAUCCUUCUGUAUACCUUAAAAAGAUUUCCUCAUACAUUUCUCUAGUAACAGUGUCCCUCUUGGUAUCAUCUUUUGUCAUACGUAUCUUCACCUUGAUUGCUGUAGACACUCUUGAAGAUGAACUCUAUUUCCUUAGUGUCUCAUUCAAUCUGUUGAUCUUUGCAACACCCUUGAUGUUUUUCCGCAUCUUCAACGCGGCAUCAGAUAUUAGCUGGAAUAUGGCAAAGACAAGCUAUAUUAUGCAUGAAUGUCUUGUGAAUAGCAUUUGGGUGUUUGGACUUGGUGUUUUUACAAUUUUAGGUUUUUGGACAGCAUUUGCUGCCUUGCAAAUCAACGAUAUUCGUCCUUUUGCUAUGUUGCGAUUUUUGGUGCUUGGUGCUCUUCACGCCCCUGAAAUUGCUGAUACUUUGUACUAUCAACCUCAAACUGCUGGUCUUUUACUUGCAAUGUAUUUAUUCUUGACUGUCAUUGUCUUGGGGUCUCUCCUUACUGCUUCCUUCUUGACUACAAUUAUGGAUGUCUAUCAUCGCCAGAAUCCAAUCAAGAAUAAUUGGGCUAUCCAACGCUGCUUAAGAUCGCGCCCUGCUUUGAACACAUUUAUUCCUAGCGUCUUUAUUGAUGCUACCUUUGGUGUCUUGCGCUGGUUUGUGCGUGUUGUAUGUAAACGUGAUAGACCUGUCAUUUGGCUUGAAAGAGCUCAUCAAGUACUUUGGUACAUCAUUUAUUCCCCAAUCAUCUUAUUGGUCGGCUUGUACGAACUUGUUGUUACUCUAUUGUUCAAGUACAAUCUUGUCAAGAAGUCAUUUCAAAGAAACACAAUCGUCAUUUAA